UCAAAUGGUGGAUCCGAAGUUAGUGUGGAAUAAUAAUAAACACGUGCGCGAAUCAGACCACCAUCUUCUUACCUUACAGAUCAAAACUUUUCACUACAAUUCCCAUUUUCUGUCGAAGAUAUCUUUCUACAGGCAGAUCAACUGAUCAAGGCUUCGUUCUUGAUCCACGGAAGGCGACCGGGAAUCAAUUCCGAGAAAUUUUCAAUCCGAACCAUGUUUAGAAGGCUCGCUAUUCACCUCAGAACGUUCUGCCCGGCCCGAUCCGCUUCCAGACCCGCACGAUUCGCCGUCAGCUCUUCCGAAGCUUCGGAGAAUGUUCUACGCAUUUUCCCCGCCGUAUGUCGCGAAUUCAGCAUCGCAUCUGGAGCUGUGGGUAAGAGAGUGGAGGAUAUAAUGCCGAUUGCUACUGGUCAUGAGCGUGAAGAGCUCGAAGCUGAGCUCCAAGGAAGGGAUAUCCUGGAAAUUAACUACCCAUCUGGUCCUUUUGGAACAAAGGAAGAACCUGCUGUGAUCAAGUCUUACUACGACAAAAGAAUCGUGGGAUGCCCUGGCGGUGAAGGCGAGGACGAGCACGAUGUUGUUUGGUUCUGGCUCGAGAAGGGAAAGCCUCAGGAAUGCCCAGUAUGCUCGCAAUACUUUGUGUUGCAAGUCGAGGGCCCGGGUGGAUCUCCGGACGGCGAUCAUCACUGAAUACAUUCAGUCCGGCCGGAAUAAAAUCUGGUGAGAGAGCAUAGGUGAAUGCAAUAUUAUCAUUGUUGAGGAGAGGAUUCAAAUAAUACAUAUAUAUAUAUAUAUAUAUGUAAGUUUUGGUAGAUUUGCAGCAUAAUUUCUUGUUGCUAAUUACUUGUUUGUCUCUCUGUGUUGUCCGAUUAUUGAUUUAUACCAUGCGUAUGUUUAUUUUA